AUGCCACUACGAACCACCUGGGUACAUCAUAAAUGGGCAAUCUUUUAUUGUGCUGUAUCAGCCAUCGGAGCCCUCUGCUAUGGAUAUGACAAUACGUACUACAACGGUGUAUUGGCCAUGCAGGAGUUCAAGAAUGAUUACGGAGACUCUCUCACAGCUUCCGCUAUUUACAUUGGCGACUUGCUUGGCGCAAUGAUUGCUGCUCCCCUCAAUGAUCGCUACGGCCGAAAGUCCACGUUCUGGCUGGCUUCAUUCUGCAUAUUCAUCGGCGGCAUUUGUCAAGUCGCAGACACAAUCAGCUCAGAAGCCCUACUUGUGGUCGGACGCAUCUUGAUUGGCCUCGGAGUGGGCCAGUUUACCGUCACUUCAUUGCUGUACAUCGGUGAAGUUGCACCCUUGGGCAUCCGAGGACCAGCACUCAUGUGCUUCCAAUUUCUCCAAUCCUGGUCUCAGUUAUGCGCAUCCGCGAUCAACCAGGGCACCAAGAGCAUCGCAAGCUCUCUGGGAUACCGUGUUCCUAUGGGAGGCCUUGUCAUUCUUCCUCUAAUCAUGGCCGCCCUUCUUCCCUUCAUUCCGGAGAGCCCGCUGUGGUACGUUCUCAAGGGCCGUCAUACAGAGGCCGAGCAAAGUUUUCGCAAGAUCAAUCAGAGCAACCCGAACUACGACCCGUCAGAGGAUAUGGCUACAGCUGAAAAUGCCAAAAAUGUCGAAGAGGAACAUGCCGAAUUCUCCUCAUGGGGAGCCCUGAUAACGGAUCCCAUCGAAAGACGCAAAUUGAUCUACUCGGCUGGAGCCAUGUUCAGUCAGCAGAUCUGCGGCAUUCUGUUCUUCUACGUUUAUGGUGUUGUAUUCGUACAGGCAAUUGGGUUGGGCGACCCUUUUCUCGUUCAACUGAUCACCAACAUUGUUCAAAUCUUCGCCGUGGGCGCCUCUAUAAUCACUGUCAACAAAGUGCGCCGCCGUACCAACCUCAUGAUCACCAACUUGAUGAUGCUGGUGGCCUUCAUCAUUAUCGGCGGCGUGGCGGUCAAGCCGCUUACAUCUUCGACACAAUACGUCAUUGUAGUGUCUUCCUUUGUCGUCGUAGUUGGCUUCAACUUCGGUCUUGGCCCCCUUGCGUACACGGUCGCUCGGGAAAUGGCAGUCGGUCCCAACCAGAACAAGAUCAUGUCCGCGAGUAUCGUCAUUUUUUACCUGACAACCUGGGUGGUCUCGUUCACCGCGCCCUAUCUAUACUACGAUGCUGGACUAGGUCCAAUGGUAGGCUUCGUAUACGCCGGAACGACGUGUCUCUCCAUACUGUGGACAUGGUUUUGUGUGGGCGAAACCGCAGGCAGAUCAAGUUUGGAGAUUUCGAGAUUUUUCACUGAGAGGAUACCCGUCAGAGCUUGGAGGAGUCAUGUAUUCUCGGAAAGCGAAUCCUCGGGAGAAAUGAGCUCAGAAGACAAAGGCAAGGGUAUGCCGAAUGGCCCGUCAACGGCAGAGCACCAGGAAUUUGCUGUACAAAUGUAUGCCACCGCCCAGUUUGUACUGGUGAGGAAACUGGCAUUUUCCUUGGCCAGUUGCCCUCUUGGCUCGGAAUGCCCGUCCGACAUUAGCUCGAUCGGGGUGCCUGAUGAGAGCCGACCGCCAACCACCUCCUACGGCCUGACGAAUGUCGGCGUGUCACCUUUAUGGUUUAGCGACAAUCUUCUAUUUAACGUGCUGCUGCUACUUGCCAUCCCUGCUGUGAUCCCUUGGGUCAUUAUCGGCGGACUGAUAACGAACUACUUUGUCGACAGAAAAGGGCUUCGAACUUUUUCUAGCCCCGGAGUUGCCGGUCCUUCAUCCUUGUGGCGCAUCUUCCACCGCUUGAGAUAUCAGCACUUCAUAGUGGUGCACGAAGCUCACGAAACGCUGGGUACGCACGUCCGCAAUGGUCCAGACUACGUUUCCAUCUCAGAUCCUCGCGCUGUCUAUGAUAUUUACGGCCACGAUGCCAACUUUCUCAAGGUUGCUUGGUACGAUGGAGGCGCCGGAGAGUUCCUCCUAUUCCAGUCAAUAUGCGCCGGUAUUUCAACUACUCACAUCGAUGCUUUUUCGACAAUGCUCUAUGGCAGUUCACUCAACUGCUUGGAGCGUAAUAGCGACAUUGUGAACGCCGAAACGCCGGGUAGGAAGGUCUAUCAAAUUCCCUUCAUUCAGUCUUUACUAGACGCCACUCACAUCAACACCGUCCUUGGAAUGGAAGCCGGUCUGUUGCCGUUGACCAGAAAGUUCUUUUCAUGGCAUCCUUACAAGAAGGCUGGCGCGGACUUCGAUAAUAUCAUCCUGCACUGCACCAAGACGCGUUUCGCAUCCAAAGACAAGGACGGGGAUAUAUCCCAAAAGUUGAUGGCUAAGAAUAAUGGCGAGCCGGUAAACUUGCUCUUUAGCGAGCUUUUGGCGGAAUGCUCGGUCAUGAUGAAUGCCGGCACGGAAACAACCACGGCUGCUCUCACAAACGCUGUAUACCUCAUCUACACCCACCCUAACGUACUCGAGCAACUUCGAGAAGAACUGGACCCCAUCAUUGUGCAGAAUACCGUACCGAGCUACGACGCCAUCGGCCAGCUGUCGUUCCUUCAAGCCUGCGUUGAGGAAUCCCUCCGCGUUCGACCGGCAAGCUCAAUACGCUUGCCUAGGGUCGUGCCGGAGGGCGGUCGGGUGAUCGCAGGGCAGUUUGUGAGCGAGGGCGUCACUGUACCAGUCCCAAGCUACACUCUACUGCGGGAUGGCGAGGCUUUCAAGGAUGCUGAGACAUUCCGAUCUCAGCGCUGGAUUGAUGGAAAUAAGGAGAAGAUGCUUAAGGUUCACCUUCCAUUCAGUACGGAACCUCGAGCAUGCAUUGGCAGAAACAUUGCCUACUUUGAGCAGCUCAUGCUCAUCUCAUCUCUGGUACCAAACUUCGAUUUUGCUCUAGCUUCACCGGGCCAUGAGUUCAGGGCCUUGGAGCGGUUCAACUCUAACCCAGACGAGCUCUUCCUUUUCUGCAGACUUCGUGAUAUUUGA